AUGCGACAUGAGGCCACAGUCUCGGCCAGUUUGGAUGCCACCGAGCCUACUACCUCGCAUCCUCUCGAGUCUCCCGGGCAGGCCCAUCUCCUCAUCCUUAUUGAUCGUUCGGUUGACCUUCUGACGCCCUGUCUCAGCCAACUGACUUACCAUGGCCUGCUUGCUGAAGUCUGGCCUGUUAAAUACGGUAGGCAUUUCGUGUCGCCUUUUCUUCCGGUGUCUCCUCUGGGGAGGAUUGUUUUCCCAGGCAAUUUCAGAAUGCGUGAACGAGAACUUUAG